CUGCGGCACACCACAUUAUAAGCACGGGACCGCGUGUCCAGAGCGUUCAUUCGUUCGAUCAACCUGCUCCACGAUGCAUCGUCUUUCCGUGUUAUGUUGCGUCGCUGCACUGUCACUGUUCGCCGCCGCUCAGGCGACCGAAACCGCUCUGGAAUUCGGCGGAAAACUGUUGGACGACUGCGGUACCGAUUGGACGUGCGCCAAGCCCAAACUUCUCAAGUUCAUUGGCCAGACCGCGGAGAAGGCCGAGUUCAGACUGACCAGAGACCUGUCACUGAAACGCACCCACGACAGCAAUGACGAAGAUCAAGUCGCCAACUCGAUUCCCAACGGCGAGGAAUAUAAGAAGGCCGUCGACGGCAACUCGGCACUCCGCAUGCUGGACAGAAUCGACGACUUUCUGAGCACCCACGAGCUCCAUGUCAGCCUGCCCGAAGAACUUGGAUCGUCCGCCGGACAAGUGAAAAUGCCACUGGUCGACCAAGGCCACUCCGCCGUCGCCCAACAAGGCCGAAGCCGUGGUUUCGUCCGCAAAAUAGUCAUCCCUUUCCUCUUGGGCCUGAAGUUCAAGACCACCGUGCUCAUCCCUAUCGCCAUCGCCCUGAUCGCGUUGAAGACGUGGAAGGCUUUAACCCUGGGUCUGCUAUCGCUGGUCCUGUCCGCCGCAAUGGUCAUCUACAGGUUCACCAAGCCCAAAGUGGUCGGUGUGGAAAUAUUGCACUACCCGUCGCCAGUGCACACACACCACCACGACGGAUACGCUCACGCCAGGGCGUACAGCGCACAGCAGCCCGAGCAGUGAUGCAUCGUGGCACUGAUUGUAAGCGAUUACAAUGCGAGCUUACGCAGACAUAAUAUUAUUAUAUUGUGUAUUGUUUUUUGAUUUUAUUUUUAUAUUUAUUUUACGUUUGUAAUUUAAUUAUUUAUUUAUUUAUUAUUUGUAUUGAUUGGAAAAAGAAACAACGAUUAAAAUCUAACAUUUUUGUGUA